GUCUCCGCCUGUCGGGGGCAGCGUUUCCAGAACACCGAGGGGCGGGGCCUGGCCGGCGGGGCUGGACUCGGGGAUCGGCUACAGCGGCCGGGGAUCGCGGAGGGAGCGCGAGGAGGCUGGUGGCGGGCUUCCAGAUCAUGCUGAGCGGAGUGUGCGGCCGGCUCGCCUCAGCGCUGCGAGGGACACGCGCGCCGCCGGCUGAGGUCGCCCGGAGGUGUCUGCACGCGUCGGGGGCGCGGCCGUCUGCAGACAAGAGCGAGAGGACGGGGAAACCGCCUGGCGCCUGCGACCCGGCGCUGCUGGAGUUCCUGGUGUGCCCGCUCUCCAAGAAGCCGCUCAGAUAUGAAGCAUCAACCAACGAAUUGAUUAACGAAGAGUUAGGAAUAGCCUAUCCAAUUAUCGAUGGGAUUCCUCAUAUGAUACCACAGGCAGCUAGGAUGACGCGUCAAAAUAAGAAGCAAGAAGAAGUGGAGCAGCCUUAG